AAGCAUAUAUUUUAUCAUUUCGUCCUGAUGCGUUAUCAAAGAAGUGUAGUUGUCAUAAUUUCUUGUUAAGUUAAGUGGCAAGAAAUUUAAACUUUGUUUCAUUUUAAGCAAUUUAUUGCAAAGUUCAAAUGCGUUGACGCUUAGAAGUUACAAACAUUGAUGAUAUAUAAGUUGUAAAUUGUUGUGUGAUUUGUGUGUUACAAUUUCUAGAAGACUUUGAAGCAUCAUGUCAUCUUCAUCUGAUGAGGAAAGAGGACAAAACGAGAACUCAUCAGAAGCAAGUGGUGGAGACGGAGUUUUCAUGAGGUCCGCUUCAGAUAGAUACCCCCGAACACCAAAAUGUGCCCGCUGCCGAAAUCAUGGAGUUGUAUCAGCUUUGAAAGGACAUAAACGCUACUGCCGUUGGCGAGACUGUAUGUGUGCCAAAUGCACAUUAAUUGCAGAGAGACAACGGGUGAUGGCAGCACAAGUUGCGUUAAGGAGACAGCAAGCACAGGAAGAGAAUGAAGCAAGGGACAUGGGCGUUCUGUAUGGACCCUCCGGACUUCUACAGAUUAAUCCAGAGUGUUCAGCUUUGUUCCCAGAUGCAUCAAAGGCCUUGGAUGCUACAAAACCCAGAAAUGACGCCGAUGUAACAACCGAGAAACCUACAGAAGAUAUGCCAGCUGCCAAGCGACAAAAACUUGAAAACCGAAGAGAGGAAAGCGGCAGGCUGUCGGCGUCUUCCGAAGAUUCUAGAUCGGUUUCGCCGUCGUAUUCAGACGACAAACGCUGCCAUGACAAUGCACGUGCGUCUCCUAUUCAACAUUCACCGUCUGCGUAUGAUGACAUUGCAACAUUUUAUGAACGGAAUGGUAGACUUUCUGAAAAUUGGGUUCUAAAUUUAGCACAAAAUUCUUCAAAGAAGCAACAGCACCCGAUAGACAUGUUAUGCCGAAUUUUCCCACACAAGAAAAGAAAUGUAUUAGAACUAAUUUUGCAAGGAUGUGGUGGUGACACAGUGCAAGCUAUAGAACAAAUUCUGACCACCCAGAGGGAAGAAGAAAAGAAUACAACAGGGCUGUUAUACCCGUCCAACCCUGCUUAUCCGUCUUUAUCAUCGCCGUUACAGAAUUCUGUUUUCAAAUCUGCAUUUUCUCCAAUUUCAACACUUAGUGCAGCAAACACUCUAAAUUCUAUGCGAUAUGCAUGGGGAGGGGCAGCUGGACGUGGUCUUGCAAUGACAAUGCCUUAUUCACAUUUAAUUCCGGGACUUUCAAUGGCACCUUCAUUCGGUUAUGGUGCAAUGGGACCAUCUGGAGAUAAACUUUCUCCCUACAGCAUGUACCCGUUUUGGACAGCCAAGCCCUUUGCUACCAAAGACGUGGAAAAAACAUCUGGUUGUGUAAGUGACUAAAAUGAAAACGAUUUAAAGUAUAAACAUAAAAUAACAGAGAAAGUAGUGUUCAUUUAAAAGAAAAUAGUUUAUAAACAAUUGUAAUGCAAUUUAAAAAGAAAACUGUCUUUGUACCGUCGUAAAUUGCUUUAUGAACAGUAAUACCUUUGCCAUUUAACAAUAAAAAACAUUGGUGACUGUAUAGAUAGAGUAAUGACCAGUUAUUUUUAUUUAGCAAUAAUUUUGAGGCUUUUAAUCUUAUUUUAUUGUUUAAUUAUGUAUAAAUAACAUUUUUAAACACUGACAUUUGAGAAAGAACGAUGAUUUUGGUCAUAUGCGAGAAUAUUUGUGUAUAAAUAAGAAGUUAUGAAUGGUGCCAGAUAUGAUGUUUUAAAUUGGUUAAAGAAUAUAUAUAUAUAUAUGUGUGUGUGUAUUGAAUGUGUGACUAUUUAAUUAUUUAAUUUGUUUGUUGAAUUAUUUUAUUUAAGUAUUACUGUAUGUAACACAGCAUUUACUAUUUUCACGAAUAAAAAACAGUAAUUUGUCUAAAGUUGA